AAGCUAAAACCCUGACUAACAGGCCAGUGGCAGCGAAGUCCGGCAAGAUGAUGAGUGUGUGUCGGCCGGUCGGGGAGGCGCACCACGGCCAGCGGCUGAACCCAUGGAGACGGCAAGUCGCGGUGAGCUGGGGCGUCGGCGACGCUGUCCUCAUCUGCGGCGGCGCCGGAGCAAGAACGCCCGCGGUGGCGGCGCCCCCGGCCGCCGACGAGGUACGCCCGUCGGAAUGGAUGAUGCUUCAGGUGGACGGCAGAGAGCAGCGGGAGGCGGGAAGCGGGAGGGCGGGCCGUCACUGGGCCUGUGCGGGUUCAUAAUUGGGCUUCGUUUUUUAUCCAUCGAAGCCCAGUUUCGGCCCUCGAAGGCAAUCGGCGGUCCACAACUCAACUGGUCGCUUCGGUUCCCUUCCCACUCACUUUUGCUUCGUAAUAUCCCGAAUUGUUUAAUUUCUCCCUCUCGGCGGUCUAACUCUAACAUCAUUCUAUUUGGCAAAACAAGAAGUGUAUUUUUUUUCACCCCUUAAAUAUUGCAAAAGUGUGAUAUUCAUCCUUUAUGUUUAAUCGGUGCAAAUUAAUCCUUUAACUAACUAAACCAGUGCACUAAUCAUCCCACCUAAACUUAACACUGGCUUAAUGACUAAUCACUCAGUUGCAAUGUGGGCUGAGAAAAAUAAAUAUAAAGCCCAUAAAAAAUUCCCAAGAAAUUAUCUAGUUUCAAAUCCCAUAAAAUUUAAAAUAUAGGACAAAAACAUUUAGAAUUGAAACAUUCUAGCAAUUUUAGGAUGGAUUAGGAGAUAGAACAAAAGACGCAUAUACCUUCAGGAGCUCUUAGAUUACUAGUUGUAAUUAAAGUUGUUCCUAUAUUAAGCAGUCAGGGAAGGAAUACAAAAGAUAAGUAUGCAGUUAAGAGCUAUGAAGAAGUAAAUUAUUUUCUUUAGUACUUGUCCAAAACUUCUAGAAUAUUUGGGUAUAAAUUUUGAACCCUUCAAUGCCUUACAUUGCGACAGAGAGAGUACUACGGUAUGCCAUGGCUAGGAAAUAUGCAUGGACAACUAAGUUGCAAUGGUUAAGGCAUGGACAACAGCAAGGUAAGAAUAAUUUUUUCGAGAAAAUUAACGCCGCUGAUUUGUGUUGGAAUGUUACAUUGAAUUGAUUAGACCCAGCAUAUGACAUGGAUAAUAAACAACGAUUAGUUAGAUGAUUAACACGCCUUAAAUCAUUGUUAAACAGUGUAGGGAUGAUUAGUGCACCGAUUUAGUUAGUUAAGAGCAACUCCAGUAGGGAUUCUAAAUUUGGGUGAGCAAAUGUCUAUUUAGAAACCCACUUCUAAAUUUUACUUGCCCAAAUAUAAGCUUCCACUCCAGCAGGCCGAGUAAAUUGGGCUUCUAUAGAGGACCUAUAGUUGGCAGCCCAAAUAAAGGGCCACCAAAUUGGGGGGUGGGGGAGAAAUUUGAAAGGCCUACCAAAAUGGCAGCCCAUUUGUAAGGUCUACUGGAGAUCAGCUUUUUGCACCCACCGAGCAAAUAUGGAGAUGGCAGUCCAUUUAGUAGCCCUACUGGAGUUGCUCGGAGGGGUUGAUUUGCACCAAUUAAAAUGUAAAGGAUGAAUGACACUUUUGCAAUACUCAGUGGAUGAAAAACACACCUUUUCCUUUGGCAAAUAUCAUAUUAGAAAACAUGAUUUUGAUAUGAAAAACAUAAAAAAAUCUAAUUAUAAGGUAUUCCCCAAUCAUCUCCACUAUCUGACGCGUGCUAAUAAAGAUGAUCCAUGCGCAUGAUUGGUUUCUGAACCAGCGGACUCGCAUGUCAGGUCUAGGCUCUCUCAGACGGAAAUAGUUUUAUUGAAUCCAGUUGAUAGUGUAUUUUAUCUAGUAUUGUAGAUGAUAUUAUAUUUUUCUACAAAAUUUGAUACAGCAUGGAUAUGUCUGCAGAUUUUUACUUCGUUUCAGAUUCAGAGGACCCAAGGUAUCAGUCAGUCAUGUCUGGCAGCCCAGGUUUGGAUUUUGCUGAAUCGGUCGUUCUAUGCUAACUGUUCUGGUACUACCAUGACGCGAUAAGACUUGUGCCACUAGCUGGUUGGGCAACUCUUGACUUGGUCUCAGUUGGUCAGUGACUUUGUGCGUCAGAGUAUGCAUGCUGGACUGCUGGUCACAAGUCAGAUACGGCAACCUGUGCGCCUGUGCGCCAGUGCUAUUGCCAAAGAGGAUCAGGACUCAGGAGUACAUUCGUUUGCCUCUGAAUUCUAGUGACAGAUUCCUGUCAAUUUCAGAAUUAAGUAACACCUGAACUGGCCAUGAGCCCUCUAUAUAAACGUGCCUCCGUUGCCUCAAGUUUCAUCACAACAAACUCAACCCAUUAGCAAUUUGGCAUACUACAGAGUACCAGACAGCCUAAUUCCCAAGUUAGAACCACUUGCUAGCAAAGCUCCAAUGGCGUCCCAAAUUGAGAGCCACCGCUCCGGUGCAGAGGUUGUUACCGGAGAAGCCAUCUGCAGGAAGAAGUCCAUCGAGCUGCUGGGAGAGCUCGGCCUCCCCAACGGCCUCCUGCCGAUGGAGGACAUCCAGGAGUUUGGGUAUAACCGUGCCACGGGGUUCAUGUGGCUGGUGCAGGGAAAGAAGAAGGUGGAACACACCUUCAAGAAGAUCAAACAGACCGUCUCCUACGCAGCUGAGGUGACGGCAUUUGCUGAGAAGGGGAAGCUGCGGAAGAUCACUGGCGUCAAGACCAAGGAGCUGAUGCUGUGGCUCAGCGUUGUUGAGGUCUAUGUUCCUGAGGCCUCGCCGGAGAAAGUCACCUUCAAGACCGGCACUGGCCUCUCCGAUAGCUUUGACGCCACUGCCUUUGCGCUUGGGGAGUAAACAUUGAGUCAGUUGGAUCAACCAGAAAUGAUGCAACGUCUAUAUCUUUCUUUCUAUUGUGUUGCAAAGGCGAAUGUAUAAGUAUGUUCCUACAGUUGCCCGUGUGAAUUGUAUCUUGAAGUUUUCUUGCAACCUGAAUUCAGUUCGCAUGAAUGUUGUUGUCUCUUA